GUCCAAACAGUCCGCUUAACCAAAACCCCACUAUAGUCUCUCUCUCUCCCGCAAGGAACCUUCCAGAAGAAACAAAGACGACUCCCAGAUUCAACCAUGGCCGACGAAGCUAAAGCCAAAGGCAACGCAGCUUUCUCCUCCGGCGACUUCACCUCCGCCGUCAACCACUUCACCGAAGCAAUCAGCCUAUCUCCAACCAACCACGUCCUCUUCUCCAACCGCUCCGCCGCCCACGCCUCCCUUCACCAAUACCAAGAAGCUCUCUCCGACGCCAAGAAGACCGUCGAACUCAAACCAGACUGGGCCAAGGGCUACAGCCGCCUCGGCGCCGCUCACGUGGGGCUGAACCAGCUCGAAGAAGCCGCCGAUGCUUACUCCAAGGGUCUCGAGAUCGAUCCGAGCAACGAAGCCUUAAAAACCGGCUUAGCAGACGCGUCGUCUAGGUCACGCGCCGCCGCGCCUCAGAACAAUCCGUUUGGGGAUGCUUUCAAAGGCCCCGAGAUGUGGGCGAAGCUGAGUGCUGAUCCGUCCACGAGAGGGUUUCUGAAGCAGCCUGACUUCGUUAACAUGAUGCAGGAGAUACAGAGGAGCCCUAGCAGUCUCAAUCUUUACUUGAAAGACCAGAGAGUGAUGCAGAGUCUUGGAGUUUUGUUGAAUGUUCAGAUCAGGACUCAGGCUGGUGAUGAGGCUGAGGCUAUGGAGGAGGAUGAGAUGGUUGUUAAUGAGCCUGAGCCGGAGGUUGCAGAGGAGAAGGAGAGGAAGGAGAAGGCUUUGAAGGAGAAGGAGAUGGGGAACGCUGCGUAUAAGAAGAAGGACUUUGAAAAUGCUAUCAAGCAUUACUCCACAGCUAUGGAGAUUGAUGAUGAAGACAUCUCUUACAUCACGAACCGUGCUGCUGUUCAUCUCGAGAUGGGAAAUUAUGAUGAGUGCAUCAAGGAUUGUGAUAAGGCGGUUGAGAGAGGUAGAGAGCUUAGGUCGGAUUACAAGAUGGUAGCCAAAGCUUUGACUAGGAAAGGAACUGCUCUUGGGAAGAUGGCUAAAGUCUCUAAAGACUAUGAACCUGUGAUUGAGACUUACCAGAAGGCUCUUACGGAGCAUCGGAACCCAGAUACGUUGAAGAGGUUGAAUGAGGCGGAGAGAGCCAAGAAAGAGUUGGAGCAGCAAGAGUAUUUUGAUCCAGCUAUUGGUGAUACGGAGCGUGAGAAAGGUAAUGAGUUCUUCAAGGAGCAGAAGUAUCCUGAUGCUGUGAAGCAUUAUACCGAAGCUAUCAAAAGGAAUCCAAAAGAUCCGAGAGCGUAUAGCAACCGAGCUGCAUGUUACACAAAACUGGGGGCAAUGCCAGAAGGAUUGAAGGACGCAGAGAAAUGUAUCGAGCUCGAUCCAACGUUCUCAAAGGGAUACAGCAGAAAAGGUGCGGUCCAGUUCUUCAUGAAGGAGUAUGACAACGCAAUGGAAACGUACCAGGAGGGUCUCAAACAUGAUCCUAACAGUCAGGAGCUUCUUGACGGUGUUAGAAGAUGUGUACAACAGAUCAACAAGGCAAACCGUGGUGACCUUACUCCCGAGGAGUUGAAAGAAAGACAGGCUAAGGGAAUGCAAGACCCGGAGAUCCAGAACAUUCUCACAGAUCCUGUAAUGAGACAGGUUCUGUCAGAUCUCCAGGAGAAUCCAGCAGCAGCACAAAAACACAUGCGGAACCCGAUGAUCAUGAACAAAAUCCAAAAGCUUAUCAGCUCAGGAAUAGUCCAGAUGAAGUAAAUCCAUAAGAAAAGACAUCAAUUUCUAUUUCGCAGAUUUUUUUCUACCUUUUGUGACUCAAGCCAAAGUCGGGUUCUUCCCAUUUUUCCAGACUGCUUACUCUGUUAUAAAAUUUUUCUUCUCAUA